CUUCAUACCGUCUCUCAAGCCAAGUCGAUAACCACGGUGAGACCGUGACUCUGGCCUGUGUACGUAGGAUAAGGACCGAUUGACAGGAGACUGGGGUUUGGAGUUGCAUGUGUUGUUUGAUCUACUGACGCUGCCAAGGAGAACUACUGCUGUUCCACUUCCUCCCGCUGCCCAUCCUCAACCUCCUCCUUCUUCUGCCUCUAGAUUGCAUGGGAGUCAUUAUUAGCGCAAGAAGUAUUGGUCCAUCUUGCAUCUCAAACGGUGGCACGAUGGCUAGCUAUGCCAUGGCCUCUACUUACAUCCAGCAAGGCAUAGCACCAUCUAGUCGUUAGGAAACCUCCAGAGCUUAUACGAUCUGCUGUGAUUUAGUAUUAUGUCGAGGUCAUUGGUAGUAGAUGGCGUUUUGGGACUCGGCAUGCUUUGUCCAUUGCUGGGCCUCGGUAGUGAGUUUACGUGGUUGAUCAUCUCACAUGCCUCGCAAAGCAACUUUUUCCCGGUUGAGCGUGGCGCCUUCGCAGGUCAAGGUUCUGUCAUUCAUAGAAGCUAUCGAGCAUGCCGACUUCGAUCUCUAUAUUGUGAGACACCCAGGCGGGCUGAAUUGCGUUCAAGUCGUUCCUUUAUACGAAGGCCCGAAUUAUCGUGCCUGUUCCAAAACGGAGGACCCAAUUCCCCAUUGACUCUGCAAUAGGGCGAGGGAGUAUUUACCUCCAUA